AUGAAUCGGAUGACGUCGACGCUCAGGAACCCGUUGGCGAGUGUGGAUGAGCCGACGCCGUCGGCGCUCGAUGGGGUGCCCGCCGAGCUCGAACGCGAGCUCCGCCUGUAUGGAGGACUGUUGAUCCAGCAGGCCGGGGUGCUGCUCAAGCUACCGCAGAUCGUGAUGGCGACGGCCGCGACGCUCUUCCAGCGCUUCUUUUUUGUCACCUCGUUCGUCCAUUUCGGGAUCCGGGAUGUGUCGGCAGGCGCGCUGUUCCUCGCCUCGAAGCUGGAGGAGAAGCCGGCGCGGAUCCGGGACAUCAUCAAUGUGUACGACUAUCUGAUCUCGAUGGUCGAGUGGACGGGCCGGCAGACGGGUGGGGGUGGUGGGGGCUGUUCGGAGCAGGAGGCGAACCGGGAGGCCGAGCUGAAGGUGGAGCAGAACCCGUUGCUCCCGCUGGAGAUCAAGCAGAGCAUGCUCCGACACCUCCAGCAGAAACGGGCCCAGCCGCGAGCGCUCUCUUCUGGCGCCCAGGCUGCUCCUCCUCUGGACAUGGCCCAGUUCAGUUAUCUCCCGAUGGACUACUUUGCGCAGAAGUUCUAUGAUCGGAAGGCGGAGAUCGUGGUGGCGGAGAUGCAGAUCCUGAAGCGGCUGGGGUUCCAUGUGCAGGUGCAGCACCCCUACUCGGCGAUGGUGAACUACCUGCAGGUGCUCAAUCUGACGGAGAACCGGGAUGUGUCGCAGCGGGCGUGGGGGGCGUUGAAUGACGGGCUGUUGACGGCUCUUCCGGGGCUCUAUCCGCCGAGCCACCUGGGCACGCUGGCGGUGUAUGUGGCUGCCCGGGAGCAUGGCCUGUGCCUUCCGGGGGGCUGGUGGGAGCUGUUUGAUGUUUCGGGGGAGGCGGAGCUGGAGGCGAUGGCGGGGGUGCUCGGGGGGAUCUACCCGGGGGGUGAGGGUGGGACCAUCUGGGUGCGCGUCAAGAAGAGAAGAGAAAACUCAGCAGCAACCAUGGAGCAGCAACUGCUCACCACCCACGACACCCUCCUGCUCACCACCAACACCGCCCCCGCACUCGCCAGCCUCCGACAGCUGCUCAUCGGCGCAGCCCUCGGCGGAGACCAGCAGCAGGCCGGCCGAGACCAACUAGCCACCGAAUUCAUCCUGCUCCAGGGACUGCUCCACCUCCACCCCCCAUCCCAGCAACUGUUCAGGAGCGAAUACAACCUCAGAAUCCUGCUCAACUUCCUGCCACUCGCACUCCACGCACACCCAUACGCACCCCUCGGAAUACCACUGCUCGACCUGCUCCUCAUCACCUUCGUCGACGCCCCCGCCAAUGCACAGCUCUUCGAAGCCGCCGGCGGCCUCGAGAUCCUCGUCCAGGCCAUGAAGCAGAAGGCACUCAAGACCGAGCUGCGCGUCAAAGUGCUCGAAACACUCUGGGCAUGGUGGAUCGACGACGAGGAGCCCGGCCCAGAAAACCACCCCAUCCUGCCCCCCAUCACCACCCACCACCCCUCAAGCAGAUCCCGCCCAAACUCUCGAAUCCGACCCAUCUCACUCCCCCCACCCACUCUGCCCGAAGAGGACGAGCUGGCGAACACCUCCGGGAACCUAUCCGACGGCCACGAGACUCCCAAGCCGCACAAGCCUGCCCCCCGGCUGACCAUCCAGCCCUCCUCGACGAGCAAGCCGAUCUCCCGCUCCCAGUCCAGCAGUCUCCAGCCCCCACCAACGAGCACCUCCAGCCCCAUGCUCAACAAACCCACCCCAUACUCGCUCCACAAGUCCCACCCGGUCUCGCUGCUCAAGAACCGCUCGGACUCGGAGGACGCCCCCCAGCAGGCAGUCGGAGGAAGAGGAGAAGGACGACCGAGCGAGUCGAGCGAGGACUCCGACCGGCUCGACCUCUCCCCACACAAGCUCUUCGCCCCCCGCCAGCGCCGCACGGCUCUCAAGCCCUUCACCAACAACACGCCCCAGCGGCUCAUCCGCCACAAGCAGUCCGCCUCCCUCGGCUCGCUCCAACUGCCCACCUCGUCGACCGCCCUGUCGCGCCAGUCGAGCGAGGACGAGGGCCCGUCGGGCUCCGAGCCCGAGCCCCGCGCCCACAGAGAGCCCCCCUCAGACACCCCCCGUCGGCCCAGCUCGAAACUCGGCCUCCACACUCCCUCCGAGCGCAAGCGGCUCUCCUGCGACACCCCCCGCGCCGCCCGCCCGGCCGCCAAGACGCCCGCAAGGCAGCCCAAGCACCAUCCCCGGGCCCCCUCGCCCGUCAGAUCCUGCUCAUCCUCCUCCGACGGCCGUCCGGACCAGGACGACGAGGAGGGGAAAGAGCACACGCCCCAGCGCAGGCCACAGCCGACGCCGCUCAUGCUGUCCGCCACCACACCCACCCCGCUGGCGACGACGACCUCCAAGACCUUGAUCACCCCGAUCACCCCCACCAGUUCGAGCCACAACAACCUGAUCGUCGCCGGCAAGAUCAACCCCUCCUCGGCCUGUCUCUCGCCCAACAAGCGGUUCAUCAACAAGCCCCUCUCCCCCGUGCAUGCCCGGAUCUACCAGUCCGACCUCGAGUCGAUCGUCAAUGCUACCGACUCCGACGUCCGCCCCAACCCCGCCCUCUUCUCCCACAAGAAGCCCACGCUCGGCGCCUCGGCCGCCAAACGGCGCCGCUCGGUCGCCAAGCAUCCCGACCAUCUUCUCACUUCCCCUCCUGCAGAGAGAAGCACGAGGAAGAUGAAGAAGACGGGGAUCCUGGAGAAGUACAUGGCCAACAGCGACGAGCUGGUGCGCUCGUUCAAGGAGAUCGGCGUCGGCUUCAAGGCCCUCUCGCGCCACGAGCGCACCCGCUCCACCGCCGACCCCGCCGCCGCCGACUCCUCCGCUACUGGGGAGAGCAAGCGGGGCGCCCGGGCCCCCGACGAGAAGCGCGGGAUGGCGACGGCCAGGACGGAUAAGGCCGGCCCCGCCCCCGCGAAGAGGCCCGCCAAGCCGUAG